GAUAGAACGCCUUGGAAUUGGAGGGGGGCGGUCAUAGAACUAGGGACUUGAAUAUGCGGUGAGGCUCUUAUAGGGAGCAAGCGACCCCUACGGGUGGGCAGGACUAGGAGGCCGGUUGACCAGGUCGUGGCCUCAUCGCACGGGGACUGGACGUACGUCAGCGGAAAACGUAACUCCUGAGCUCAGAAUUAGGGUCAGUGGUGUGCUUGAGCCUGGUUCCCAGUAUCUGCGUGGCUGACUCGAGGUCCAGAGGAGAGCGGGGUCCUGGAACCCGGAGUCUGAGGCAGGAGUAGGUGUUGAGGAUCUGGAGAAUGGUCCUCUGCCCCACCCCACCCCCCAGGGCUCCUGAGGGACAUGGCUGAGGCGCACCAGGCGGUAAAUUUCCUGUCCUCGCUGAGCUCCGAUGGGGCAGAAGUGGAGCUCAGUUCUCCAGUGUUGCAGGAGAUCUACCUUUCCGGCCUGCGUUCUUGGAAAAGGCAUCUCUGGCGUUUCUGGAACGACUUUCUCGCUGGCAUGUUCCCUGCCAGCCCUCUCAGCUGGCUCUUCCUCUUCAGUGCAAUUCAGCUUGCCUGUUUCCUGCAGCUGGACCCUUCCCUAGGACUGGUGGAGAAGAUUAAAGAGUUGCUGCCAGACUGGGGCGGACAGCACCACCGGCUCCGGGGAGUCCUGGCAGCAGCGUUAUUUGCCUUGUGCUUGUGGGGAGCCCUGAUCUUCACGCUUCACGUGGCACUGAGGCUGCUACUGUCCUACCACGGAUGGCUUCUUGAGCCCCAUGGCACCAUGUCUUCACCCACCAAGACCUGGCUGGCCCUGGUACGCAUCUUCUCCGGCAGGCGCCCGAUGCUUUUCAGCUUCCAGCGCUCGCUGCCACGCCAGCCGCUGCCGUCGAUUCAGGACACCGUGCGCAAGUACUUGGAGUCCGUGCGCCCGGUCCUCUCGGACGAGGACUUCCGCGGGACGGCGGCGCUGGCGCUGCAGUUCCUGAAGGUGCAGGCCUCGCCGCUGCAGCGCUACCUGCGGCUCAAGUCCUGGUGCGCCGCCAACUACGUCACUGACUGGUGGGAAGAGUUUGUCUAUCUGCGCUCCCGCAACUCUCUGAUGGUGAACAGCAACUACUACAUGAUGGACUUCCUGUAUGUCACACCCACACCGCUGCAGGCAGCUCGUGCUGGGAACGCGGUCCAUGCCCUCCUCCUGUUCCGCCAGCGACUGAACCAUCAGGAGAUCCCUCCGACUUUACUGAUGGGGAUGAGGCCUUUGUGUUCUGCUCAAUAUGAGAAGAUAUUCAACACGACGCGGGUGCCCGGGGUGGAAAAAGACUACCUCCGUCACCUCCAAGACAGCCGGCAUGUGGCUGUCUUCCACCAGGGUCGCUUCUUCCGCGUGGCGACCCAUGCCCUGAAUGGCUUGCUGACCCCACGGUCCCUGGAGCAGCAGUUUCAGCGGAUCUUGGAUGACCCCUCUCCAGCCUGUCCCCAUGAGGAGCACCUGGCAGCCUUGACCGCGGCUCCCAGGGGUCUGUGGGCCCAGGUGCGAGAGUCAGUGAAGACGCAGGCUGCAGAUGCUCUGGAGGCCGUGGAAGGGGCCGCCUUCUUUGUGUCCCUUGACCCAGAGCCCGCGGGAAUGACCAGGGAGGAUCCGGCCACUUCACUGGAUGCUUAUGCCCAUGCCUUGCUGGCUGGCCGUGGCCACGACCGCUGGUUUGACAAAUCCUUCACCCUCAUCGUGUUCUCCAAUGGGAAGCUGGGCCUCAGUGUGGAGCACUCGUGGGCUGACUGUCCCGUCUCAGGACAUAUGUGGGAGUUCACUCUGGCCACAGAAUGCUUCCAGCUGGGGUACACGGUGGAUGGCCACUGCAAGGGCCACCCUGAUCCCUCUCUGCCUCAUCCACAGCGUCUGCAGUGGGACCUGCCGGAGAAGAUCCAUUCAUCCAUCUCCCUGGCCCUGAGGGGAGCCAAGACAUUGGCUGGCACCAUCGACUGCCACGUCUUCCCCUUCUCCCAUUUUGGCAAGAGCUUAAUCAAACGCUGCCAUGUCUCUUCAGACAGCUUCAUCCAGAUGGUCCUGCAGCUGGCACACUUCCGGGACAGGGGUAAAUUCUGCCUGACUUAUGAGUCGUCCAUGACUCGACUGUUCCUGGAAGGCAGGACGGAAACUGUUCGGUCUUGCACGAGAGAGGCCUGCAACUUUGUGAAAGCCAUGGAGGACAAAGAGAAGACAGACCUGCAGUGCCUUGCCCUGUUCCGGGAGGCUGUGGACAAGCACCAGGGUCUGCUGAAGGCCGCCAUGAGUGGACAGGGCGUCGACCGCCACCUCUUUGCGCUCUACAUCGUGUCCCGAUUCCUCCACAUGCAGUCGCCCUUCCUGACCCAGGUUCACUCGGAGCGGUGGCAACUGUCCACCAGCCAGAUUCCUGUUCAGCAAAUGCACCUGUUUGAUGUCCACAAUUACCCGGAUUAUGUUUCCUCUGGUGGUGGAUUUGGGCCUGCUGACGACCAUGGGUAUGGCGUUUCCUACAUCUUCUUGGGGGACGACAUGAUCACUUUCCAUAUCUCUAGCAAGAAAUCAAGCACAAAAACAGACUCUCACAGGCUGGGGCAGCACAUCGCUGAUGCCCUCCUGGAUGUGGCCUCCUUGUUCCAGGCCGGGCAGCAUCUUAAGCGCCAGUUCCGGGCAGUUGCAGAGGAGGACUCAGGACACAGACAUGGAUUUCCCUCCAGUAAAAUUGUGGGCUCCAAGGCCCCCACAACCUCCACUGACUUCUGAUCCCUUCAACAGGGAGCUGGUCUCCUUCAGGAAGCUGAUCCCCACACGGGGCCAAUAAAGAUGUGUGAGCGGGG